CUAGUUAUUUAAUAUAAAAACACAAAAAAUACAUACUUAAACAUUUUUGAUCGUUGCCCAAUUAAAAUAAUUCAUACAUCCAUACAUAUAACAAUUACACAUCUGACACGAAACAUUUGAUGAGUUCUGAGAAUGGGGAUUAUCAGCCAAAAAGAAUUUGUAUCCAAAGAUUCACUCACUCAAUUUUAAGAGUUUUUAAGACUAGACAGUCUAAUUACAGUUUGGAUUAUUACAUUUCAAGUCGUCAGUUAUUAAAUAAACUAAAUGACUUAAAAUACACAAUUAAUUUAAGAUUGUCUGAACAUACAUAUCUCUCUGAUCUAUAAUUAUGUCAUCUGAAAAGACCUGCGAUGGCAGAGCGGGUAUUACAUGGCUUGGUUUUCAACGCCGACAAACAGUCUCAAGGUAUCCCUAUAACUUUAUAACGGCUGUACAUAAUAAAAUCAAAGUAGCGGUUAUGAAUUCAAAGGCUUUCAAUGGUCAAAGAACAAGAGCUAAUAAGGAAUGUGAAUGCAUAAAUCUAUUUAAAGGAUAUUCUAAUAAAUCUAUACAGACAGAUAAUUAUAGUAAGAAGAUUAAAUGCAAUGAUCAAGUUGGUACUGCGAGUUCGGAGGAAAAGACUCUUAAACAAAACAUUUUGAAUAAUAAAUUAGUCAGGCAUACGAAAACAAAGAGAAGGAAGAAGAUAUUUAACAAUUUAAUAAAAUCGCAUAUCGAAAAUUUACUCAAACUUUUGAAAGUGCGGGAGAAAUUACUUAUAGAUCGUACAACAUAUUUAGUUUCAUUGUUUGAGCUGCAAAAGGAGCGGCUGAAGGCGAAAGGAUAUCUCAAGGAAUAUUCGAAAGUGAACAAAAUGCAGGAAAGACUUCUGAAUCAAAUGAGGGAAGAACGACUAUAUCUAAAAAGAUUACUAAAUUUCACUGGACAUAAGGAACUUUUAUUUUCUACAAAAACAUUAGGAAAACUGACGAGUCAGUCAACUCUAAAAAGUUCGACGACAAAGCAGGAACUUUGCCGUACACAAAAUAGACCUAUGUUUAGAGCCUUCUAUAGUAAAACUUUGCCCAAUUUUCAGACUGGAUCAAAUCUUUGUUGUUUUGAUUCAAAAGGUAACUUAUUUAUCUUAUCCAAAGGCAGGAAAGCAUUAGGUCUUCCAGUCAAUGAUGUUCGUCGCGCUGUAGCACAGCUAAUUGAGUUCUGUAGCCCAUAUAUAAAGCAGAAUUUAUUUGAUCAGCUCAAGAGAUGUGAAACAAAAACUAAUUUGCCUAUGCUUCAAGCUGAUUUACAAUUAAAAGAUGAAAACGUCGUUGCUAAACCUAAUGAAGAUCUUGAGUUACCUCCUAAAAAAUCCUUUUUGAAGGAAUUUAAUGCAAUUUGGAAGGCCAUUUGUGACACACAGGAAGCUGCGUUAGAGGACUUCACAUAUUAUACGACAUUUUUGAAUGAAUUAUUUAAUGAAGACUUUGUAGAGAGAAGCCAAUCAAAUAUGCUGAAAAUGAAGGGCGAGGAUUGGCCGUUGAAAAGUGUAUUUGCAGCAAGAAUUAUGGCAAUUCUUAUAGAUAAAAUAAUCUUCAAGACCAAAAACUUAGACCAGGUAUGCGUUUGCGAAAUUCUAAAGUCGCAUCUGAGCUGCAUUUUAGGUGCAAUCAAAAUGUUGAGCAAUGAUCUAUUUGAGUUUAUUUUAUCCACGGAUUAUUUAAAUUUUUACACGCGUCUAAUCAUGGAUUUGACUGUUGACAUAAUACGAGAAUAUUGCGAAUUUGCCCAGGAAGAUAUUACGCAAAUGGGCUGCUCGUUGAAAUUAUCAAAAAUUCUGGCGGCUUUACUCGUCCGGCAUUCAAGUCAGCCCAGAAUACAAAAUGCUCAGUUUUAUACAAUUGAUAAAUUUAAAAUGGAAAAUUCUUGUGAGAAUCUCGACAAAAUUGUAAUUAACGAUAUGUAUAAAUCUGACGUCAACUGGCCAAGCUAUCAAUGCAAAGAGCCCGAGCUACUUAAGCUAUUGAUUAACGAAUUAGUAAUUUUGCAUCUAAAUGAAAUUAUUCAAUGUGUCUUUAGUAAAAGAAUGAUAAUAUAAAUAAUUAAUUUUCCUUUUG